AUGGCGGAAGAUAAGUCUCAGGUCAAGAUCAGAUUUUUCACUCGUGAGAAAGAUGAAGCACUACACGUUCAAGAUGCUCCAAUGUACGCACCUAUCUCGCUAAAGAGAUACGGGUUGUCUGAGGUUGUCAAUCAUUUGUUGAGCUCAGAGAAACCUGUUCCCUUUGAUUUUUUGAUUGAUGGUGAGUUACUACGUACAUCAUUGCAUGAUUAUUUGACCAAGAAAGGUUUAUCCAGUGAAGCUUCGCUUAAUGUGGAAUAUACCAGAGCUGUUCUUCCACCAUCUUUUUUGAAUAGCUUCAGCAAUGAAGACUGGGUUAGCUCGUUGGAUGUCGGUGACGAUUCCAAACAUAUCAUCAGUGGUUCUUAUGAUGGUAUCGUUCGUACUUGGAACUUAUCAGGUAACGUGCAAAAGCAAUAUAGUGGCCAUUCUGGUCCUAUUCGUGCAGUCAAAUACAUCUCAAAUACGAGAUUGGUUUCAGCCGGUAACGACCGUACAUUGAGAUUAUGGAAGACCAAAAAUGACGAUCUGAAAUCAACUCUGCAACAAGAGGCACAGGAAGACGACGACGAUGAUGAAGUUAAUAUCGAAGACGGUAAGACUCUGGCUAUCUUGGAAGGUCAUAAGGCCCCAGUCGUCUCUAUCGAUGUUUCAAGCAACUCUAAAAUACUAUCUGCAUCUUACGAUAACUCUAUUGGGUUCUGGUCCACUAUUUAUAAGGAAAUGACCAUCGUAGAUCCAUUAGAAGACAUACGUAACCCAAAUAAUAAAAUAUCCACCGCUGCGAGGAAAAGAAGAAAGCUAACCAUGAAAGACGGCACCAUCAGGAGACGUGCCCCAUUAUCUCUAUUAGAGUCCCAUACCGCCCCCGUAGAACAAGUGAUCUUUGAUUUCACUGACGACACCGUCGGUUAUUCGGUGUCGCAGGAUCAUACCAUUAAAACAUGGGAUUUGGUCACCGCAAGGUGUAUAGACACAAGAGUCACCUCGUAUUCGUUACUCUCUAUCGCACAACUGCCUUCUUUGAACUUGUUGGCAUGCGGAUCCAGCGCCAGACAUAUCACAUUGCAUGAUCCACGUUUGGGGGCAUCUUCUAAAGUCACACAGCAACAACUAAUUGGCCAUAAAAACCUCGUCUCUUCGUUGGACACUUGUCCUGAGAACGAGUAUAUUUUGUGCUCAGGUUCUCAUGAUGGGACAGUGAAAGUAUGGGAUGUCAGAUCCACCUCUCCAAUGUACACGAUCACGAGAGAAGACAAAUCAGUUCAAAAAGGUGUCAAUGAUGGUGUUUUCGCGGUCAGAUGGGCUGAAAAAGUGGGUAUUAUCAGUGCUGGCCAGGACAAAAAGAUUCAAAUAAAUAAAGGAGACAACAUUUUCAAAAAUUGA